AUGGAGUGCGAUAUAUGCUCGCGAGAAUACACUCCUCGUCGAAAGCCUCUCUGCGCCUCUUGUGUCCAAGCCAUACUCUAUGCAUCCCGACAUCGUCAAGUGACUUCGUUACUCGAUCGUGAGGAGUCACAUACAUACGCCGAAGCAGUGAUACGGCCUGGCAACGAUGGCAUCCUGGCCAGCCUUCCCGCGAAUGCGGACUUCGAUGCCAUCACUACCGGCGUCCGGAAAUACAGCUACGAUCGAACGCUGGCGGAGCGGAAUGCAGCAGAUCAUCGGAUCGAGCAGAUCGUUGAUAAGGCCGAGGAGUUGAAGCAGCAGAUGGAACGUUACAAGCAGCACAUUGCCACGCAAAAGGAGCAUCUCCAACGUCGUCGCCAGGACCUGGCCAGUGAGAAGGAGGAGCUUCAGAAGCACAAGCCGAGAGCCUUGGAUCCUGUCGAAUCUGCCACAAAGAAAGCAUCGCAGAGGCUGGACAAGACUCGCACAAGAGUCGUCGAUGCGAGACUCCUGCUCUGCCGCGAAGCUGCGAGCGCGAGCAAUCUCCAGAAGCGGAAAGGUGCAAAUGGACGGUCGGAAUACACGCUGGGCGGCAUACACGUCCCUGACCUAAGAGAGCUCAACACCAGGACGCAAGCCUCGUCUCGACCUAAGCUCGUAGGCGGGAGGGUGGUGGUCGAACCUCACGGACUGGUCUCGGAAUCUUUUGAUAAUGUCGCUCGCCUCAUCAAUCUUAGCGCUCACUAUCUAUCGGUCCGUCUGCCAGCUGAAAUCAUACUGGCUCACGAGGACUUUCCCCGAGCUGUCAUCAUGCCGGAAAAAUCCUCCUACAAAUUCAAGAACCUACCAUUUCCCGGGAUAUCAGGCAGCCAGUCGUCCAGCCCUGUCGCCUCUCGGGUGCUCGACCAGAACCUCCCAAGAACGAGGCCGCUGUGGCUAGAUCGCCCACUGGCACAGCUGGUUAAAGAAGACGGAAAACAGUUUGGUCUUUUCAUCGAAGGUGUCACACUUCUAGCAUGGAAUCUGGCAUGGCUGUGUAAGACGCAAGGCAUCGAAACCAUCAACACCUUCGAAGACGUCUGCAAUAUUGGAAGGAAUCUCUGGACUCUACUUAUGUCGCAGCAUCGUCGCUCUCGGUCCACGAAAGAGGAACCGACCAGACUCGGCAUCUUCUCCCACGCUUCCGCCGAGAACAAUCUGUUCAGUCUACCCGGCAUCGAACUCAUGAAGGACUGGCAAGCUCACUCCCCAGCCCGCAUCGGCGACAAGCUCAAAUCCUUUCUCAUCACCGAGAUCUCCGGUGCAGAUUGGGAUCUGCUUGAAGGGAGAGAAUGGGAUGAGGAACGCGAGGAUGAGGUUCCAGUUCUCGUUGGCGGUCUGCGUCGGCCACAAGACAGCCGACACGCCGCUGCCAUGAGCAUCAUGUCCUUUGCUCAGCCUGAUGGUGCCGAGGAUGAGCGAGCCACUUCUUCCGCGGCAGAAGGCAAAAGGGCGAAGAAGAAUAGUGGGUACGUGAAAGUGCGAGGGAGGAAUAACUCUGAGGUCUGA